AUGGCCGAUCCCAAACCGUCGCCUCGGGAGGAGGCGACGGAGGAGAGGACUGAGCCGUUUUCGCAGUCUGAGCUUGACGCCCGUAUCCGUGCCGUCGACGUCAGUGCCUCCGGGCCCAGCCCCGACCAAGAGCAUGUCCCGCUCGACGUCCUCUUGCUCGAGGACCAUCACCACAGACAAAACAUCCGUCUCUUGGUUCGCCCCUUUGCUGAGCUUCCCAGCCUUCCCGCAGCACCUUCAAGCGGUAACUGCCGCUGGCUCGCCCUCCGCGCCGAGAUUGCCUCCUCGGACCAGCCCUCGCACAAGGUCUUGGCCGUACAACAGACCGCCCGCGACAUCAAGUUCUCAGUACGGGUACCUGCAAGCGUUAUCGAUCCUGCCGACACCCUCAUUUGCCCUUCGCUCUGGUGUGAGCUCUACUUCGAUCCUGCCAGCGAUAAGCUCAUCCUCGUCAACCGCUCCGAGGUCCCCAUUGCCCUCGUCCGUCUCUCCCAGACGGCCCCCGCCAGCCCGUCUUUGAACGACUACCCCAUCGUCUACCCGCACGUUACCAAGUCGUUAGAACCUGGCACCUGGCGCAUCAAGGUCUGCGAAACUGCUGUUUUGGAUUUUAGGAUUCUAGAGAAGCGCCCGGUCAUUCUCUAUGAGCAACCGCCUCUGAGUCACAGCCAAAGCACCUUCUCUCGUGGCAGCUCGCUAGUCUCCACUAGCGGCAAGCGUGCCCUGACUCCCGAUGAUGAAGAUGAAGGUGACAAGCGCGUCAAGCGUCGGGUAUCCCAAGUCGAAGGCCGAGCGGCAGACGGUCUUGUCAUGUUUCUAAAUCCCUCGGCAGAUCCCCUGGUCUUUUCGUUACCAAAUGGUGCCAAAAAGGCGGGCAAGGAGCUGGCGGCUGGCAACAACACCAAUGCCCUCCUCGACGCUGAACAGGGCGACACAGUCUACAUGACAGGCAUAUGUGAGCUCGAUGAGUAUCAGCUCAUCAAGCAGGAGCCCAUAGCCUCCACCGCCCAGUCCGCCGUCUUUGUGGGUCGCCAUUCCAAGCGGCCUGACAAUAUCGUCACCGUCAAGGUGCUCAAGACAGUCGUGAGCGGUUCGGAUAAGCCAAACGUACAUGAGCGCAAUGUUAUUCGCCAAGCCGACAUGUGGCAGCGCGAGUACCAGACGCAGGAGAACUUGCAACACCACUCCAUCGUGCGCUACUACGGAGGCGACGCCCGCUUCCUCUCACUGUACAUGGAGCACGUUGAUGCGAAGGAUCUGACUGUUCAAAACCGUUGGAGAAGCAAGCAAGACGACCACUUUACCGGAUCCCGAGAAGACGCAACCCGCAUCUUACGAGACAUCUCUAGCGCGCUCAGCUACAUUCAUGGGCGCCAGCUUGUUCAUAACGACAUCAAGCCGGCCAACGUCCUGUACUCCCUGGAGCGCGGCGCCGUCCUGUGCGACUUUGGCAUGUCGACCGCCACGGCCAGCCCGCCUAGCGGCGGCGGCACACCUUACUACAUCCCUCCCGAGUUUAUCGGGCGCAAACUUCGCGGGCCGGCCGCCGACGUAUGGGCCAUGGGUGUUACCAUGCUGUACCUGUUGCGGAAGCUUCCGCUGCCCGAGAGUCGCGCCAGACCACAGAGCGGCAAACCGCUCUACUGGCUGAUAGCCGGAGUUAAUAACCCGCAGGCCUUGCAGAAAUAUGGCAACGGCCAACCUGCCAUCCUGCAGAUGCGCGCCUGGCUGACAGAGGUGCACGAUGCCGCGCAGAAGCUCGACAAGGACGACCGCCUCGAGCGCAUCGUCAGGGAAAUGCUCACUCCAAAUCCCACUCAGCGCAUCACGAUGCCUUCAAUCCUGGAGCAGCUCACUUCGGGCUUGUAG